ACUGAGUAAAAUUUUCCCACCCCACAUCGCCAUCAUUUUUCAACUCUAGAGAUUUUUCACGUUUUACAAACAGGAAUGUGCAAAUGCAAUCAAUAAGCUAAAGCAAAAGCGCGCAGUAGAGAAAAACAAAGCAAAACAAAAGCGUAUGUCUUUGUUCAAAGUGACACUGUGAGAGAGAGAGAAGCAAUGGAAGUUCCAAAACGGUGCUUUGAAAUCCUCUUGCUGUUGUUGUUAUUGGUCUCAGCCAAUCCCAACGCUUUCAUACAUAGAGCUCUCGCUGAGGGCGUCACUCCUGAGGAAGCUAAACAGCUCCGAGACGAGGUGCGUGGAAUGUUCUACCAUGCUUUUAAUGGAUAUAUGGAGCAUGCCUUUCCUCUUGAUGAAUUAAGACCUCUCUCAUGUGGAGGGGAAGAUACACUAGGUGGUUAUGCAUUAACUUUGAUUGAUUCCUUAGACAUGCUGGCUUUACUUGGUGACUGGGAACAUUUUGCUUCCUCUGUUGAAUGGAUUGGUAAAAACCUUCAGUUUGAUAUAAAUAAGACAGUAUCUGUGUUUGAGACUACUAUCCGUGUUCUUGGAGGUUUACUCUCUGCUCAUCUUAUUGCGAGUGAUUAUGCUACGGGCAUGAAAAUCCAAUCCUAUGACAAUCAGUUACUUAACUUAGCGGAGGAUCUGGCCCGUAGAUUGUUACCUGCAUUUGACACGCCUACAGGCAUUCCAUUUGGAUCUGUCAACCUUUUGCAUGGCGUUGAUGAACAUGAAAGCAAGAUAACAUCCACAGCCGGUGGUGGGACUCUGACCUUGGAAUUCGGAGUGCUUAGCCGUUUGACGAAUGAUCCCAUUUUUGAACAAGUUACCAAGAAUGCAGUUCGUGGACUUUGGGCGCGUCGUUCAAAGUUGAAUUUAGUUGGUGCUCAUAUCAAUGUUUUUACAGGUGAAUGGACACAAAAGGAUGCUGGAAUAGGAACUAGUAUUGACUCCUUCUAUGAGUACCUCCUAAAGGCUUAUUUAUUAUUUGGAGACGAGGAGUAUUUGUUCAUUUUCCAAGAAGCUUAUGCAGCUGCUAUGCACUAUCUUUACAAUGAUCCUUGGUAUGUGGAAGUCAAUAUGGAUUCUGCUGCUAUUGUCUGGCCAUUGUUUAACAGUUUGCAGGCGUUCUGGCCAGGCCUUCAGGUUUUAGCUGGGGACAUUGAUCCUGCAAUUCGAACGCACAAAGCCUUCUUUAGUGUAUGGAAAAGAUAUGGUUUCACUCCGGAGGGUUUUAAUCUUGCUACUCUCAGUGUUCAGCAAGGGCAAAAAAGUUAUCCACUGCGUCCAGAGUUAAUAGAGAGCACAUAUUGGCUCUAUAAAGCAACCAGAGAUCCCAGAUAUCUUGAUGUUGGAAGGGACAUGGUUGCCAGCUUGCAGUAUGGGGCCCGAUGCCCUUGUGGAUACUGUCAUAUAUCAGAUGUAGAGUUUCACAAGCAGGAAGAUCACAUGGAAAGCUUUUUCCUAGCUGAGACUGUUAAAUACUUGUGGCUUCUUUUCGAUUUGGCCGUUGGUCCAGAUAACCUCGUUGAAAAUGGGCCAUACAAAUACAUCUUUAGCACUGAAGGCCACUUAUUGCCCGCAACCCCUCAGAUAUCCCUGUUGCGUGAACAUUGUUCAUAUAUUGGGGCUUUUUGUAAAAGUUCUGAUUAUAAUCAGGAAUCUCAUACAUCAGACAUUGCCACUGAUCCUCAUGAAGCUAAUGGUAGUGGAUCCAAUGAAGGUCAAGUUCACUCUAGAUUUUCUUCAUCUUCCACUUUUUUCGAGUCAACACUCACAUCAGGGAUGGUAAAGGGAUUUUGCCCUGGACUUUCUCAUGGACAGAAGUUUGGGAUAACAUACUUGGAGCCCGUUGAUACAACUAACCAGUAUGAGUCUGCAAACAAAAGAGAACCAAAUAUUUUGCAGAGCCACUCAAUGGCGGUGGUUCCAAACCAAGGUUCUGAUUACUCACAUUCUAACAAUGACAAUGACCAUGACAAUUUACAGGAAAACCUAGGAUCUGAGAAUGAGCUGCCUCAUCCAUCUCAAAUAUGAGGAAGGCAUUUUGGGGUGUUAAUGGAACUCUUGGAAAUCAAGGUAAUUGGUUGGAGCAUGACCCUGAAUCAUUUGGAUAUCAGCCUUCUACAUCCUGCUUCCUAUUUUGCUAUGAGAUGGCAUGAACUUUAAAUGGAUCUGACAUGUUAAAACUUUUUCAGGCUAAUUGGAUGCCUAGAACAAGUGGGGUUCUUUUUGUGUUAUGCAAAUUAUGAUCAUAGGUCUGAGCUAUUCGGCAGUUGUUAAUAGAAUGAGCAUAGAGCUUGAGGAUAGAAAUACAAGUAGGUCUGUCUGAUAUGUUGCUGGUUUUCCGCUCCUGGAAGUGAGACUUGAUCACUGGAAUUUGAUCAGCUUUAUGCCCAUGUGGCAAAAUGGAGCUGAAUUUUGUAUGUCCUUUUUUCUUUAUUGCGGGUAUCAAAAGAUUAAUUGUGGUGGAGGGCUCAUCAGCCUAGGGGUGGAUGGUGCAAAUAUGGGACGAACACAGCUCAAAAGUUGCUAGAAGGGGGCCAACAUUUUAACCGUCGAAUUUGUUUAUUUUAACAGUCAUUAAUGGGUUGGUGGCCAUUGCUUGAACUCAAGCGUUUCCUGCUAAGACUCAGUCUAGAAAAUCAAUAUUUUCAUUUGGAACAUUGUCACCCAUGAAAUUAUUUGAUUAUGCCAUUUUUCUGAAGGCCCUCGGUGGAUGAAGAUUGAGAGAUCAUUGUUGUUUA